UACUUCCCACCUCUGUUGGGGGAGCAUGUGUUCUUCCUUGCUUGCCGGCUUUCAUUAAUGAUCCCAUCUUUCAAUUACAGGGAGGGAAGAUCCCCAUCCGCUGGACGGCCCCCGAGGCCAUCGCUUACAGGAAGUUCACCUCGGCCAGCGACGUGUGGAGCUACGGCGUCGUCAUGUGGGAGGUGAUGUCAUACGGCGAGCGACCGUACUGGGACAUGAGCAACCAAGACGUGAUCAAGGCGAUCGAUGAGGGCUACCGGCUGCCCCCCCCCAUGGACUGCCCCGUGGCCCUGCACCAACUCAUGCUGGACUGCUGGCAGCGAGAGAGGGCCGACCGGCCGAAGUUCGGACAGAUCGUCAACAUGCUGGACAAACUGAUCCGAAACCCCAACACUCUGAAGAGGACCGGAGGGGAGACGGCUGUCAG